AUGUCCUUAAAUUUUGGUUUUAAUCGUUUGAUUGUAUGGAACUUUAGAAUAGCAUCUGUGCCCUAUCCUAUUUUGGGGGCAGAUCUAUUGUCAUCAUACGGUCUAAAUGUAGACCUUCGUGGACGCAAAUUAAUUGAUUCUCAUUCCAGAAUUAAUACAGUUUGUGAAAUAGGAUUGGCAUCUUGCAUUGGAGUGAGUGUGGUAGAUAAAUCGAAUACCUAUAUGAAAAUUUUAGCCAAAUUUCCGUCCUUAACUGGAUUGCCUCAGUCAGAAAAUAUAUUAUCGCAGGGUAUUAUGCAUCACAUUAUUACUAAUGGACCUCCAGUAGCCGAAAGGACUCGUAGAUUGUCUCCCGCGAAAUUGAUUGUUGCAAAGAACCAUUUUCGCGAGAAAUUAGAAUCAGCAGAGUAUCGUCAAUCAACUGCAUCGUGGGCUUCGCCACUCCAUAUGGCUCCUAAAAAAUGGGGUGGUUGGAGUGUGUGGCGACUACCGUCGUGUGAAUGA